UUUACAAGAAAUAAAAUACUCUAUUAUCGCCUAUAAAUUCGUUUAUAAGAGAGUGAGAUGCCUCACUUCUUCACUACUGGUAGCAUUCUCCCCCCAACACCUUCCUUCUUCCUCGAAGCUACUUAAGGGCCCACAAUCUCUUUCGCUUUUGUUCACUUUUCACUUUUUUUUUAAAAAAAAUAAAAUUAUUUUACAUUUUUUAUAAAGCCUAAUUCAAAAAUGGCACAUAAAAUCCUAUCCACCGGAAUUCCUCACAAAAACCUCCCCGAUAACUAUGUCCGACCCGAAUCACAAAGACCCAACUUAUCCCAAGUCUCCGAAUGUGAGGACGUACCCGUUAUCGACUUGGGUUCUAAGGAUCUUUCACAAAUCCUCGAACAAGUCUCGUAUGCUUGUAAGUAUUACGGGUUUUUUCAGGUAAUCAAUCAUGGGGUGUCUAAGGAAUUUGCUGAGGAGAUGCAAAAGGUGGCUAAAGAUUUCUUUAAUUUGCCAGUUGAGGAAAAACUCAAGUUAUAUAGUGAUGAUCCAACAAAAACAAUGAGAUUGUCAACAAGUUUUAAUGUUAAAAAAGAGGAAGUUCAUAAUUGGAGGGACUAUCUUAGGCUCCAUUGUUGGCCUCUUGAGCAAUAUGCGCCCGAGUGGCCUUCUAACCCUCCAUCAUUCAAGGAAAUAGUAAGCAAGUACAUAAAAGAAGUUCGAGAACUAGGAUUCAGAAUACAGGAACUAAUAUCAGAGAGCUUAGGAUUGGAGAAGGAUUACAUAAAGAAUGUCCUAGGAGAUCAAGGACAACACAUGGCUCUUAACUAUUACCCCGAGUGUCCGGAGCCGGAGUUGACGUACGGGUUGCCGGGUCAUACGGAUCCGAAUGCCCUUACCAUCCUUCUACAAGACUUGCAAGUAUCUGGCCUACAAAUCUUCAAGGAUGGUAAAUGGGUUGCUGUCAAACCUCAACCUGACGCAUUUGUCAUUAACAUUGGUGAUCAAUUGCAGUUUCAGGCAUUGAGUAACGGUAUAUACAAGAGUGUAUGGCACAGAGCAGUUGUGAACACAGAUAAGCCAAGAUUAUCAGUAGCUUCAUUCCUCUGCCCUUCCAAUGAUGCAUUGAUCAGCGCGCCACCACCUCUCACCGCCAACGGAUCACCAGCCAUGUACCGGGACUUCACAUAUCCUGAGUACUACAAGACUUUCUGGAGUAGGAACUUAGACCAAGAGCAUUGUUUGGAGCUUUUUAAGAACCAAACCUAGCUAAUUUAUGUACUAUGUACUAUGUUAUAUGUAUCAUCCAGAGUUAGGUUGAAGCAUAUCUUUGUAUGUCUUGAGUGUUCUCUGUAUUGUUCUCAGUAAACUUUUUUUUUUUACUGUCGCUUAAUUAUGUUUAAUUUGGUUUGUGAAAAUUGUAACGAAGCUAGUAGUAGCUAGACAAAUAAUAUAUGUUCAAUAAAAUUUGGAUUAGUUAUUCUACAUAUAAAUCUAU